AUGAAGGAGGGUUCGGGGAGAUGCUCAAUCAUCUCCAGCCUGCCGACGCAGCGAGCGCUCGAGUGGAACAUUACCCCGUUAUCACCGAAUAUGCCUUCGCAGGCUUCCAUUCCCGAUGCACCCUUGCUAUUGCAAUUCUUCAUUCAAGAGACAUCCCCGAGACUGACUUGCAAGGGCAAUUCCUCGCAAUUUCAAAACCCUUUCCAAGACGAAGUUCCACUUCUUGCGGAAUCUGACGGCGUGGUCAUGUACGCAGUCCUGGCGUUGGCUGGUAUGCAUAUGGGCUACUAUACGCAAGACGAAGCCAGACAGCAAGCGGCCGUCCGGCAUUAUAUUUUGGCCAUGAAGGAGCUUCACUCCGCCAUCGCAGACUGGGUUGCUGGCUCGCAGGGUGAAGUUGUGCGACUGCUAUUGAUUACCGUUCUGCUAGUUUACUAUGAAACGAUAAGUGGAAACAAAAGCGGAGCAAUGGCCUACCAUCUUCGCGCAUGUCGUCAGUUUGCAUUCCAUAUCACUACCAAUAAUGAACUACCCUUGGAAGGCGAAGUAGUUGGCCUGCUUCUGGAAACUUAUGCCUAUCUAGAGCUCUGCUCCUGUUUACGCUUCUCACCGCUCGAAGAGGACAUCCGCACAAAUCUCAACUCGUUCGUCUCCCAGCUGGAUUACCUGCGGCAGUUUAAGACUUUUGGAGUCCUCUUCGGCUCUGCGUCGGCCCUCUACGAAACCAUUCCCUCCAUUUCCUUCCUAUCACUGUUGAGACAACAAGAGCUGCGGGAACAUCAAGAUCUGGGAAGCGCGGCAUUGUAUCGCGACCUUGAUAAGCUGAUCACUAGCUGGUCCGACCAUGCGAUUAGCUGUGUGAAUUUGGAACUUGGACCCGACGGCGUCUUCGAGAUACCAGCUAUUAUGGCCGUGCGCAACGCCCUACAAGUAUUCUUGGAAACGUCUUUUUACUAUGGCAGUGUCAGCGUGGUGGACUUCUCCAAGAAGGUUGAACCUUUGGUCGAGGCAACUCUGCCUCUGCUACAGUUGCUGAAGGAUUCUCCAUUGUUCUACACCGCAUACUGGCCAUUGGUAGUGCUGGGUGCAAAUGCUCGGACUGCUGCUCAGCGGAAUAUCAUUUCAAGCUUACUACAGGAUCACACGAUGCCAAUGACGUCGCGCAUGAAAGAGACUCUGAGCUGGAUUUGGGACCAUCCCGACGAGAAUGUUUUUGGGCUUCCUGGGCUAGAGCUUGUGGUGAAGGAACAAAGGACGGCUCUCUGCAUUGCCUGA